GCCAUUUUGAGGAUAAUCCGUCGACACCGACACGCCGACGCGCGCCGUAGCACGAGCAGAGAUGACCCCAUCCCCGGCGGCGGCGGCGGCCGCGGGCCGAGCUCCCGGAUUCUGAAGUGAGGGGGAAUCAGUCAGACGAAGAAGAAACUCUUGUUUUGAACCUGAAAAGUCAACAUUCCAAAAAUGUGUUCUAUGAACAAUUCAAACUGGGUUACAUUUGAAGACGACAGUACACCACUCUCAUCUCCUCAAAAGCCCCAACAGUCAUCGUCGCCUAAUGGAGCAUCAGUGCCUCGUCCCAAUGGUCUGAAGUUGGUGCUCCCUCCUACCAGAGAUCUCUCCUGGAGCUUUAGCAGUUCCUCAGAAUCUCCUCAGGUACACUCUAGUAAUGGAAGCUCCUUUGCGCCAAAUAACACUCCCUUUUGCACUCCUGUGGGUGGGGUUCCUAGCAAUGCAUCACCAUUUCAUUUCGGCACUUUGGAAAAGAACGAUACCUUCCAAAGCCCCUCCAACACUUCUACUUCUUCCAUGCCCACCUCAGAUCCAGAUGGCAUUCUGGUCUUGAAUAAGACCUCUGAUGGGCCAAACCCUUUUCCCUCUUUCCGGGGAAAAUCGGGACACUUGAACCCCUUCUGGGAGGAAUCUGGCCCCAGUGUGGAUUUGGCAAGUUCCUCUUCAGACUCCGAAUCUGAAACCAAUCUUCCACGGUUCUUCAUCCGGGCUAAAGAUGGCAGUGUACCACCACGUGACCAACUCCAGAGCUCCUUCUCCUACAUUUGCCACAAGUUGGAGGGCCUACGAGCAGAGAAGGACCAUGAAGCACAGACGGAGAUAGCUGCAGAGAAACAACUAAGCUGCAAAACGGAAUUGGGAGGCAGGCAGGUCACGAAUGGUUCCUCACAGUUUGUUCCCCAAGGACUGUUCCGUAGCCAGAAGAGAGAUGGUUGGUCGUUGAUGCUCAGGAUCCCAGAAAAAAAGAAUCGCAUGUCUUCUCGGCAGUGGGGACCAAUCUAUCUCCGCCUGUUGCCAGGGGGUGUGCUGCAGAUGUACUACGAGAAAGGACUGGAGAAGCCAUUCAAGGAGUUCCAGCUCCUCCCUCACUGUAGGCUCUCAGACCUUAAGCCGGAGAGCUAUGGUGAGUCCCGCAAGAUCCUCACAGUCAAAGUCGAACAUUUCUCAUACACGGAGAAGAAGCGCUACCAUCCAAAGCUGGAGGUUACUCAUGAGGCUGAGAUAGAGCAGCUGCUCAAGUUUGGCACCACAGAGCAUGACGAUAUGGAGGACCUGUUGGUCUCCAUGGAAGAGGAAAUCUUCAGGUUGUCUCCACCACACCAACAACGACGGCAUUACGAGGAGAAGGAACUGUCAUUGCAGGUCACUGAUCACAUUUGGAUACAGCUGGAUAAGGCUGGGGGAAUAGUGGAACGGGCAGCCUUGACACAGAUUCACUGCCUAGCUUUUCUGAAUGGAGAUGGGCACUGUUUCCUGGCACUGAAUGAUCUGGGACUGCUGCGCUUUGACUCUAGUUACGGGUGUGAGGAGGGAAAUGAGACCUGGAUGGAGAUCGCUGACUAUCAUUUACACAGAUGCAUCAACGAGGUGGAGUUUCAGAGGUCUCGUCUGAUUAAGUUUUCACCUCCUGACGCUUGCAGGGUGGAGCUGAUGCGAUACAACACCACGUCACUGGGAUGUACAGAGAUUCCCUUCUCAAUUAAAGCUGUGGUCACAGUACAAGGAGCCUAUGUGGAGCUCCAAGCCUUUCUUAACUUGUCCGCAACCUUCCCUUCCUCUGCAAGGACAUUUGAUGCACAGCCACUGUGCGAGAACAUCGUGAUCCGUGUGCCAGUACCAAGUGACUGGGUCAAAGUGUCCCAAACAGUAACCUUACUGCGACAAAGGUCGCUGAAGGCCCGUAUGAAUAGAAACGCCUGCCUGGGCGCUGUCAGUGCUGCAGAGUCUCAGCCUAUCAUGCAGGUGUCAAUUGGGACAGUCAAGUAUGAGAAUGUAUAUUCAGCUAUUGUCUGGAGAAUUGACAGACUGCCUGCAAAGAACACAGCUGUGGAUCAUCCCCAUUCAUUUUCCUGCAAGCUAGAGCUGGGAUCUGAUCAGGAUAUCCCAAAUGACUGGUACCCCUUCGUCACCAUGGAAUGUGAAAUUAUGGGGGCAGUUGUGUCACAGACCCGGAUCAAGUCCUUGGGCACUGUAAAUGACAUCCAGCCACAGAAGCAUGUGACCAGCUGGACACGUUACCAUUGUCAGGUGGAAAUAGAGAAGAAGUGGAUUGACACAGAAUCGCUGAAGCAGUCUGGAUGUAUGACACAGUGAUGAAUAAAGACAUUCUAAUGGACAUUUGCCCUACCAUCUCGAUAGUGGAAAAAUAGUAUAACAUAAUAUAAUUAACAUAAAUAAGGUUGAAAGACUUGGUACUAUUACGUGGUGUCAAAUUUAAUCUAAUCUAGUGGUAUUUCUCAUGGAAUUUAGAAGAUUGCGUAUCCUUUUACAAAGCCUGAAUUACUCUCAACCUAUCAAGCAAUAUAACGAUGUCCUUUGCCUAGCACUUUACAUUUUAUAUUUUUUUAUUAAUUGUACAAUUCACAUAAUAUAAACACGUAAGAUUGCAUUUGCAUCUUAUGCAAUGCCUUACAGAAAGACUGGACCCCCUUUAAUAAGUAUGAGCCUGAAGGGUUACGAGAUCAACAACGUGAAAAAGGUGAAUGAAACGAGAAGAGUAUGAAUAACGAAACUUAUGAUAUAUUCUUUGCUCAGAUUUGAGGGAAAAAAAAUGAAUAUAAGUCUCAGCUGUUCAGAAAAGUUCAGUCUUACUAUUCAAUAUUUUUCUCAAUUGUCAAAUUUAGGUGACAUUUUUUUUGCACUUGCCUUUUGUUACACAGCCAAGUUCUGCUGACGUUUAAAAUGAUUAAAUUCCCUGUAAUUGUAAUUUGACUUCCUUUGAUACAACCUUUUCUAUAGCACAUUUCUUGUAGGAGUAUUGCGGAAGUCUUAAGAGCUUUUUCUCCGAAAGAUCCCGUCUGAAAGUCUAACAUACUUCACAUGCUUGACCCAGUCAAAUUCUUAUGUGAUGGCCUUUUCUUGUAACUAAUAAGAAUAUAAUUAUUACGUGAUACUUUAUCAAGCUCUGUUGGGAAAUUCAGCCUCAUUCUUGAGGCGACUGACUCACUUGACACGGAGAGUUGCUAAUGUGGGGACUUGGACCAGAGUCCUGUACUUUAACUGUGGUCUCUGAUCACAAAGCCAAACCUGCUGCCCAACAAGCCGAUGAUAUGCUGCUGAUUUUGACAAAAUUCAAACUUAUCGGGACUCAAAUUGACUGUGCAUCACAAAUCUUUCCAGAAUAAAAUACUGAUCAACAAAUGACGUUGACCUUUUAACAGGCUUUUUAUUUUGAUAGUAAGGUUGCACCCUGGACUCGUUUUAUUUGGAAAAAGACACUAAGCAAACAAACUUGCACUCUCUCGCCCUUUGGCCGUUGGGUUUGGUCAAAAGGACUUUCGAUGCAACGGAAACACACACAAGGCCUACGUCAGUUUCUGUGAGAUGACUUACAAUCAAGUGCGGUCACCUCAGCAAGAAGGUCGUGGGUUCAAGCCCCGGGGUUCUCCCCGUGUCUGCGUGGGUUUCCUCCGGGGCCUCGGGUUUCCUCCCACAGGCCAAACACAUGUAGGUCAGGUGAACCGGCCGUACUACAUUGUCCCUAGGUAUGAAUGUGUGUGUGUUUGUGUGGGUGGGCAGCCUGUCCAGGGUGUGUCCCCGCCUGCUGGGAUAGGCUCCAGCAUCCCCGCGGCCCUGAGUGCAGGGUAAGCGGUUCGGGUAAUGGAUGGAUGGAUGACUAGAGCUGGCUGAUCUAGAAGACGUGUAUAAAAUAUGCUCCUUAUUACAUCUUCAGAAAUCCUGACGCGCUAGAAGAGCCGUCAGCAUCAGCGCUUGGGCGCAACAGGAGCUCCCAGGUGACACGCAAUCACAAAUGUCAGUCCAGAAGCUUAUUUUAUAGACGAGGUUAACGCCGGUUUAGUAUGCGUCUAGUAACGUAAGAAAGAUAUUCUCAGGUCUUUGUGCAGCUUAAUGGGUGCAGCGAGGCACGUGCGGCUGUGGUGACGUGUUUGAUUCCCGCUAACACAUUGUUUUUCUAAUCGCAGCAGUCCGGCUGCGAGCUACUGUCCCGCCUGCAAGCCUGACGGGUUGAGCAUGUUUUCUACACUAACAAACAAGACUUUCCUGAAACUUUCCAUACGAGUACUCUUAUCCAUCCUGAGAUCAGGUACAUGAACAAAUAAAGUGUGACUGUAUUGGUUUGCUUCCUCAUAGCAUAGAAAUUCCAUAUCUAUAACCAGCUGACUGAAUUCUCUAGAUUGUAAAGCACACCCGACAGUACUGUUACUGUCGGGGACGUGGUAUAUUGAAAAUUCAAAAUAAAAUCAUUUGUUCAAUAUCGCCUUU